AUGCCGGAUCUCAUGAAAACCAUGUACAACACCAAAACAAACCACCCCAAGGCAGGUGCCAACACAGCUUGGGUUCCUUCACCGACACUUGCCGUAGUUCACGCGUUGCACUAUCACGAGAUAAACGUUUUGUCGAUACAGCGGACCAUAGGGUCUAGAGUGAAAGCAAAGCUGGAUGACAUCCUGAGUCCACCUGUUCUUCGUGAAGAGUUGUCACCGGAACAGAUUGAAACGGAACUGGAAAAUAACGCUCAGAGUAUUCUUGGGUAUGUUGUGCAUUGGGUUGAAGAGGGAAUUGGCUGUUCAAAAAUUGCAGAUAUCAACGAGAUCAAUCUGAUGGAAGACCGAGCAACGCUCAGAAUAUCAAGUCAGUUGAUUGCCAGUUGGCUCAAACACGGGUUGACGACGCGCGAACAGGUUGUGGACAUUUUCAAAAGAAUUGCUGUCAUCGUAGACAAGCAAAAUGAAGGUGCUGCAGGUUACCGAAAAAUGGCACCCAACUACGAUUCCAGCGUUGGAUUUCAGGCAGCUCUAGAUUUAGUGUUUCAGGGGGUUGAUUCUCCGAACGGCUAUACCGAGCCUAUUCUACAUUCUCGCAGGCGCGAAGCCAAAACGUUGCACGCCUCCUGA